AUUGUAGAGACAAAUAUAGAGAAAUCAGUAACUCAUCAUUAUUUAAAAGGUGUCUGCAUGUGAUCGAGGAAUGUUGGCCUAUGUGUAUUGAUGGGCUGCUACAUGUAUCCUAGGAGUGUCAUGUGGCAUAAACAUAUCCGGUCAUUCUGAUAGUAUUGUUCAGUCGAUAUUAGGCUACACUCUGUCUGACUGAACUCGCAUGUGCAUAUUGCGUUCGGCUUCAAGUUGAAUUGUUUCUCAUUGCAGGAUUAAUGUAGUACUGUCUCUUUAAAAAAAAUGUACCUCAUAUUGUCCAGGAAGUUGUCAUGUAAUCGGAGGACGGCGUUCAUUGUUUGUAUCCGAUAGGUCGAAGGUAAUAGGUAUACUGUUACUUUGUAGCAGAGUGUUGCAAUUAUCUUACUUUAACCUAUUCUAUAUCCUUCCUCCAUGAUUUCAAUCAUGAACAGGGUGCAGUUGAAACGCUCGAACAUCUUGAGAAUGGCUCUAGCAGGCUCGGACUCCAUGGAAGAAGGAAAAGGAGAGACGUUUCUACUUAAAGCCAUCAAAAUAGGUGGUGUGGUCGUACUUUAUUGGUUCAUUUCAAUAACCAUGGUGUUCUUAAAUAACUACUUGCUCGACAGUAAAGAUUUGGACGCGCCGCUAUUUGUGACAUUUUACCAGUGCCUUGUGACUGUCGGACUGUGCUAUGGCAUGCACUUGCUAUCCCACUUAUGUCCGGGUGUCAUCGACUUCCCCUCCGUCAAGUUCGACCUAAAGGUAUGCCGGGAGGUUCUACCCCUGUCCAUCGUGUUCAUUGGAAUGAUAACCUUCAACAACUUGUGCCUGAAGCAUGUAGGUGUGGCCUUCUACACUGUCGGCAGGUCACUCAGCACAGUCUUCAACGUUCUACUCUCCUACGUGAUCCUCAAGCAGACCACGUCCUUCUACGCCAUCCUGUGUUGUGGAAUUAUUCUAGGUGGAUUCUGGUUGGGUGUGGACCAGGAAGGUGUGGCGGGCUCCCUGUCGUGGACGGGUGUGUUUUUCGGUGUGCUGGCCAGCGCCUGCGUCUCCCUCAACGCCAUCUUCACCAAGCGGGUCAUGCCGGCGGUAGACGGAAACAUCUGGAAGCUCUCCUUCUACAACAACAUCAACGCCUGCAUCCUCUUCCUCCCACUCAUCCUCGUCUUUGGUGAGGUCGGCCACCUCGUCCAUUUCAGCCGCCUGGGUGACCCUACGUUCUGGGGCAUGAUGACGCUGGGCGGCGUGUUCGGUUUCGCCAUCGGCUACGUGACGGGCCUCCAAAUCAAGUUCACGAGUCCGCUGACGCACAACGUGUCGGGGACGGCCAAGGCCUGCGCUCAGACGGUCAUCGCUGUGGUCUAUAACCAGUCCAGUAAAAGUUUCCUGUGGUGGACUAGUAACCUGAUGGUCCUUGGUGGGUCUUCUGCCUACACCUGGGUCAAAGGCAUGGAGAUGAAGAAGGUCCACAUUCCCCAGGAGGAGUCCAAAGAGAAACUGCUAGGGGAGAAGAGUGAUGCCGGGGUAUAGUGGGACUAGGAUGGCCUUCCAUCAUCAUCAUGGUGGUGGUGGUGACCCGGGGGUAUAGUGGGACUAGGAUGGCCUUCCAUCAUCAUCAUGGUGGUGGUGGUGACCCGGGGGUAUAGUGGGACUAGGAUGGCCUUCCAUCAUCAUCAUGGUGGUGGUGGUGACCCGGGGUAUAGUGGGACUAGGAUGGCCUUCCAUCAUCAUCAUGGUGGUGGUGGUGACCCGGGGUAUAGUGGGACUAGGAUGGCCUUCCAUCAUCAUCAUGGUGGUGGUGGUGACCCGGGGGUAUAGUGGGACUAGGAUGGCCUUCCAUCAUCAUCAUGGUGGUGGUGGUGACCCGGGGGUAUAGUGGGACUAGGAUGACCUUCCAUCAUCAUCAUGGUGGUGGUGGUGACCCGGGGGUAUAGUGGGACUAGGAUGGCCUUCCAUCAUCAUCAUGGUGGUGGUGGUGACCCGGGGUAUAGUGGGACUAGGAUGGCCUUCCAUCAUCAUCAUGGUGGUGGUGGUGACCCGGGGGUAUAGUGGGACUAGGAUGGCCUUCCAUCAUCAUCAUGGUGGUGGUGGUGACCCGGGGUA